AUGGCGACAGUGCAUGUCCAACUAGAAGACCCCGGUGCGCCUCCCUUCGCCGCCAGAGUCGUCGAGAUACUCAAUUUGGUCUUCGGCUCGAAUAAUACUAUCUCAGCGGAAAAGGCCGCCGCGGCAAUAAACUCGCUUUUCAUUUCGGAUUACGAAGAACAUGGCACAGCAGGUUCUUUCCUCUGGUGGUUCUGGGACCUCAUGCACGAUCUAGCCCGCCAGAUCCCCUACGACCGGCGUGAGCAAGAUCAGCUGGCGGCAGUCAUCGAGGCGCUCACCGGUCUUCCAACCAAAAGCGUAAUUCUGGGCGAAGAAUGGGGAGGUGCAGGUGACAGCUCGGUCGAUGUGUGGAAGAGCCUAACCAUCUUCGCGAAUACCUUCAACGAGACGCUCAGUGACGGUGAUUCAAGAGCUCCCAGUGAAGAAGCAAGAAAAGAUCGCCAGGUGAACCUGCAAGCUUACGCAGCCCGAGUCGCAGGCCUAGGCCUCGUCCCCCUAGAAACAAACGCCAUCUGGGCGCUCGUAGACGCUCUAGAAGGCACCGUCAAGCCCGUUCGCGGCGCUCCAGACGAGAUCGACUCAGAUCCAGCCGCCGUAGAGGAUAUCACACACAAGACACGUAUCGCCGCAGCCUGGAUGAUCCACGCCGGCCACCUCUUACACGGGCGCAAUGAGGUGGUGAGCGGGGCAACAGCUGGACCCCUGUGGAAGCUCGAUAAGAAGGAAGCUGUGAAGUUGAGGCGCAAGUUCAAGGGGACUGAUGGGCUUUGUGCCGAGCGGUGGCAGCUGUGGAAGGAGAGGUUUGCGGUUAUUCGAGAUGCUGAGGGGCUUGAUGAGGGGGCGCGGAGGGAUGCUGGCGAUGCUUACACAGCAAUGGAGAAGAUUGAGAAGAGAUUGUAG